AUGGAAAACAUUAAUGCUGCACAACUGGACACCGAUAUUCAAUAUCGAUUCGCGUAUCUAUCGAAAUUUCUCAAUUUCACUAAGGAUGACAUCAGUGUACUGAAUAAAAUCGCACCAGUUGUUGUACCUCUUGUACCAACAGUAGUGGACGCAAUUUAUGGCAAUUUGUUUUCAUUUGAUAUUACCAAGAGCAUUUUUGCCAAUAACACAGUGCAUUUUAAAGGAAAUACUACGACAACUCCAGGUAGUCUUGAUUUAACUCCUGAACGCGUUACCUUUCUCAAAGAUAUGUUGGGCACGUAUUUAAAGAAAGCUUUGUCACAAAGUGAAUGGAACAAGGAAUUUCUCGAUUAUUUGUCACAUCUUGGAAAAAUACAUGCAAACAAAGCCGCAUCUGGUAAUGUGAAUAUCAGCUAUAUAUUCAUGAAUGCAACACUUGGCUUUGCUCAACAUGUCCUGCUUAAUGCUCUUUUAACUAGUGAUCUCGGUUUGGACGAAGGUACAAAGAUAGCAGCUAUAUUGGCAGUCAACAAAUUCUUUUGGAUUCAAAAUGACUUCUUUACAAUGCACUACAUAUCAAAUUAA